AUGUUCUCGGUGGUGCCAAAUCUCGUGACGGUUGGUGUCUCUCGGUCAGAGCCGCCAGAUCCAGCGACGUCGCCUUCUCCAUGGCUAGAUUCGUUGUCGACAACAAAGCUUUUGCAGUUUCUCCCCGAGCCACCACAUCCUUUUGAUCCUCCAGACCCGUGUGCCUCGACGAUUCCUUAUCGGACGACCGACUCUAUCCAAAUUGUAUCGCAUCUCCCUCCUUUGGCGAGUCUCUUUUGGACCAGCUUAUUCCAUGUCUCCGGCGAUAGAUGCCUCGCCAUCUAUAAGGCCAGUGAUGUUGUUAUAGUUGAUGUGGCUUUGCACAAUUUAUCUUCCUUCACCGGUGAUGUUGUUGGUACAUUUCGAUUCAUUUUUCUCUUCCAUGGAGAAAACUAUUGCACUUGUUCCCUUCUCUUCCAAAGAGAAUUACAAUCACCUAUUUUCCUCCUCCAUGGAGAGACCCAUUUACUUUUUUAUGGAAAGCCCAUUUUCCUCCUUUAUGGGGAGAUUUCUUUCCUUCUUUAUGGAGAGAUACAAAUCACCAAAUUCCUCCUUUAUGGAGUAUCUCUUACAAAACUCAGCCUCGAUAGCCAUGGUGUUAAUCGUGCGAGCAACAAUUGA